ACCUCGCUGGGUUCGGCUGCGCGUCGCCAUGGAUGUGUACCCGAGCGGCAACAUCUUCCAGGAGCUGAAGCUGGUCCUAGACAAGGGCUGCUUCCUCUCCUCCUGCUCGCUGGAGGAGCGCUGGCAACAGACGUGCUAUGAGAUGGAGAAGUAUCUGAAGGACGAGCCGAAGCUGAAGUCGUUCAAGAAGCUGCCCAGCGAGCUGGACUCGCCGCGCAUCAAGCAGGAGGAGGCGGACGACAGCGACUACUUGUUCUCGUCGCGCGACUCGCUCGACUCGCUGAGCGUGUCGUCCGUGUCGUCGGCCAACUGGGAGACGGCCAGCAUGAAGACGGAGGAGGUGGAGUCCGAGUCGGAGAGUGACUCGGAGGAGGCGUACGGCGACUCGGGCGCCAGCGGCCGGCUGCUGGCCUCGCUGACGCCGCCCUCCAGUCCCGAGUGGGCGGCGGCCGGGCCGCGGCUGGCCGGCCGCGGCACGCUGCAGGUUCGCUUCACGUCGCGCUCUGGCGGCCUCAUCUCGUGCCUGCCGGGCUUCUCGCUCAAGGCCGGCCACGGCCGCCAGCUGCGCGUCGACACGUCGCCCGACGGCAAGCGGCGGAUACACAAGUGCCUCUUCUCCGGCUGCAAGAAGGUGUACACCAAGUCGUCCCACCUCAAGGCCCACCAGCGCACCCACACAGGUGAGAAGCCGUACCGGUGCUCCUGGGAGGGCUGCGAGUGGAGGUUCGCCCGCUCCGACGAGCUGACCCGGCACUACCGCAAGCACACGGGCGCCAAGCCGUUCAAGUGUCACAGCUGCGACCGGUGCUUCUCGCGGUCGGACCACCUGGCGCUGCACAUGAAGCGCCACCAGGCCGAGCUAUGAUCGCCGGCGCCGGCGCCGUCUGGCCGGUCGGCCGCCGUCAGGGACUACACUGCCACUGUCAUUCCACCGCCGGCUGGCGGGCCCGGCCCGGGCCACACCCCGACCCGCCGCCGGCUUUUGUACGGGCCGCCAGCGAGGCACGGCGCCGGUGUGAGCUACAGCUAGUCCGCCGCGGAUGUCCGCGGACCGCCAGCACCCGUUUGUGUGUCUGUCUGCGUGUGUGCGUGUGCGUACGCGCUCGCCGGCUCGUGAAAGUUUCGUUCGGGAAGUUGCGAAGUUUAAAGAGGACUUCUGUCAUUCAAGUUGCGCAUCCACAUUCAUCAAGUCGUGUCGUGGCUGGUAAUUACUCAUUUGCUCCACUGGUACCUAAAUUCCCAAUGUUCCACGAACGUUUACCGAUUUACCAUGACCCCAUCCAUCGACGAACCAUAUGGCCGCCGACCAGUCAUUAUUUCUGCCAGCUCCACUAAAUUUUUAAAAAAGUUGUAAUAGACCAAAGCAGACGGAUGUUCGUAGAAGGCCUUCCUGUCCUCUUGUCACCGAAUGAGUCGCUGGCGGUUGCGGUGCAGACGGCGGCUGGUGGUGCGGUCUCAGGAGAUCCGAACGAACGGCAGCACGUGCGUAGGUCACCGCGAUGCGCCUGCCGCCGCGUGCUGUUCAUGGUUCAAAGCCAGCGAAGCUUUAAAAGUCGGCGGUGGUGGGGGAAGAACAUGAAGUGCAAACCUGCCUGUUAGCCGACUGUGUCGGAUGCGGCGGGGUGAAACUGUGAUGGGAUGCGUCCCUCUGGGGCGUCAGUGACUGGCGAGGGCGCGUGCGUGUGUGCGUGCGUGCGUGCGUCCGACGCUGGUCGUGCGCUAGUAGUGUCACGCUUCUGCGUCCCAUUUAUAUCAAUUGUUUUUGUUGAUGUUUGAUCUUGAAACGAAGCUGGUGUGCUUAUUUUGAUCGCUGUUUUCCAUUUGCGUUCUUUACGCUGUCAAUUGCUGCUGUGACUGAAUCAAAAUGUUGUCUUACCAGGCACGAAACGCUUCCAUUGGAAUGCGAUGUCUCACUUCUGGCAAUCGGUGGCUUGCGACCAGGUUUUUGGAGGUUUUUGGUGAUGUCGGUGCUCCUGAUUUAUGUGGCACCUUGCUGAGCAACGUGGAAAUCGCCUAUGUGUGUACCAUACCGGAUUACGGAUUCGUAUAUGGAGGUAGCUGAGCUAGGUGUUUUUUUCCGGCUCGGGUGUUUGUGAAAUUUGUACACUUGCUUAACGUGAUGUUGUCAGCCCUCGAGGGUUGAAACCUUUGCGUUUGUAGAAAAUUAAGAUGCGACUAACGUGUCAUCACCAUCACUGAACAUUCAGCAUGCAUUUCGAGUCGUUUGUCUAGACAUCAACCAUUGUUCAUCCAUUGACGCAUUGUCACGUCUCGCCGAAUCCAAGGGACGCGUGUAUUAUGUGCUUGUGAGUGUGUGUGUGCCGCUGCUGCUCGUGCCGCGUCACGUGACGGGGCGCCGCGCCGGCCGUGUUUUGGGGAGGGCGGCGCGGACCCCAGCCGCGUACGGCGAGCCCGAGCUCGG